AUGAGUUCCACACCAACACCCUCAGAUCAUCUACCAGACCUAGAUUCUAGCGAGGUCACUUACCCAGGUUCCGACAUAGCAGCUCCCGCGGCACCAACGAAUCCGGAAGAACUCAAGCACGAUAAAUAUCGAGAGAAUCGAAGAGGAUGGCGUCGCAUUGUUGUCAACUUCACUCCCUCGUGGUUCACAGUGACGAUGGGCACUGGAAUUACGUCUGUUCUGCUUCAUAACCUGCCCUACCACGGCCGAUGGCUAUUCUACGUCUCUUGUGUAAUAUUUUGUCUAAACAUAGUGUUGUUCACUCUGUUUAGCUGUAUAUCUAUUAUCAGAUAUACGUAUUUCAAAGGGAUAUGGUAUUCAACGUUACGACAUCCGGCACAGGCUGUAUCUCUUGGGACCAUACCAGUUGGCUUCGCUACCAUUAUCAACAUGAUAGUCUUUGUGUGUGUUCCAGCCUGGGGUGAUUGGGCUGCCAAUUUUGCAUGGGCUCUUUGGUGGAUAGAUGUUGUUAUGGCCACUGCUUGCAGUCUUUACAUACCGCAUUGUAUCAUGCGAACAGAAGGUACCACACUUGAUCAAGUAAACCCUUCCUGGCUCUUCCCCGUCAUUGCCGAUAUCGUUGCCUCCACCUCUGGAGCCAUCGUAGCAAACGUUCUCCCCAACGACCAACACGCCAUAUGGACCGUCAUUACAAGCUACAUCCUCUGGGGAACUAGCGUACCAAUGGCGAUCGUCAUUCUCGCCAUGUACUACCACCGUCUUAUGAUUUACGACAUCCUUCCCGGCCAAGUUGCUGUAGCAUCGUUCAUCGCCAUCGGCCCUCUCGGUAUGGGCGCAGCAGCAAUCCAACUCCUCGGCCAAGUCUCUCUCAAACUCUUUGCUAGAAACGACUUCAUCCCCAAGGCUCCCAUCGCGGGUCAGUUCUUUUACCUGACUGGCAUUCUCACUGCUCUCAUCUUAUGGGGGUUCGCUGUUGUCUGGCUCUUCUUUGCUCUCGCCACAAUCAUCAGACGUCAAAUCACCUUUAACCUCACUUGGUGGGCGUUUACCUUCCCCCUUGGGGUGUUCACAGUUGCGACCACGACACUUGCUCAGGAGCUCCCUUCCAAGUUCUUCAAAGUGCUGGGGACGAUAUUCUCUGUUGCCGAGUUCCUGUUGUGGGUUAUGGUGGCGUGUGGGACGAUCAGGGCGAGCCUGAACGGCCAGCUAUUUCAACCUCCACCACUAGAAGCGUGGGAGAAGAAAGCAAAAGAAGUUGAGCAGACCGAAAAGACCGAAGAUUCACCAGUUUAG